CCUGUGGAGAUGCGGCCCUCUGAGGUGGCCACCGUGACACCAGGGUUGGGCAUUGUGGGCCUGGUUUCCUGAGGAGCCCCAGCGUGGGACCACAUGUAUUCCAGGCUCGGGGCAGCCGCCACGUUUCCUGCCUCCCCUUCCACCCUGCAGCCCUCUCCCCCGUUCCCUCAGGCCUUGCCCAGCAGGGGUCUUUGGCGGGUGCUUUUACGGCCUGCAUGGAAACUGGCCGUAGCCGGGAUCCUCUUUCCAGGAAGUGCCAGGUGACCCGCUUCUCGCUUUGGGAGGUGCUGGCAGCGCUGAGCGUGCUUACGCACGGCCGGGAGAGGUGGAAGCCGGGGGACCAGCCAGCUUCCAUGAUUUACGGCGUUUCCAGGGGCCCGUGCCGCCCAGAGCCGGACAUCUGACUAGGCUCGCGUCCCGCUCCAGGGCUUCCCCAGGGGGAGCCGCCGCCCGAAAGCACCAUGAUGGUGACCCAGGCCGUGCUGGCCCCCGAGCCGGCCUCCCCGCCCACCACCGCCGCCCCUCCCAGCUUCUCCUGGGUCCCCGAAGGCAGCCCGACCGCCGUGGAGCAGCCCAUCUUCCUGAUGACCACCGCCGCCCAGGCCAUCUCCGGCUUCUUCGUGUGGACGGCCCUGCUCAUCACCGGCCACCAGAUCUACCGGCACCUGCGCUGUUACAGCUGCCCCAACGAGCAGCGCUACAUCGUCCGCAUCCUCUUCAUCGUGCCCAUCUACGCCUUCGACUCCUGGCUCAGCCUCCUCUUCUUCACCAACGACCAGUACUACGUGUACUUCGGCACCGUGCGGGACUGCUAUGAGGCUUUUGUCAUCUACAACUUUCUGAGUCUCUGCUACGAGUACCUCGGAGGGGAGAGUGCCAUCAUGUCCGAGAUCCGGGGGAAGUCCAUCGAGUCAAGCUGCGUGUAUGGGACCUGCUGCCUCUGGGGAAAGACGUACUCUAUUGGCUUCCUCAGGUUCUGUAAACAGGCCACCCUGCAGUUCUGUGUGGUGAAGCCCCUCAUGGCCAUCAGCACGGUGAUCCUGCAGGCCUUCGGGAAGUACCGGGACGGCGACUUCGACGUCACCAGCGGCUACCUCUACGUGACCAUCAUCUACAACAUCUCGGUCAGCCUGGCCCUUUACGCCCUCUUCCUCUUCUACUUUGCCACCCGGGAGCUGCUCAGCCCCUACAGCCCCGUCCUCAAGUUCUUCAUGGUCAAGUCUGUGAUCUUCCUCUCCUUCUGGCAAGGCAUGCUGCUGGCCAUCCUGGAGAAGUGCGGGGCCAUCCCCAAGAUCCACUCGGCCGAGGUGUCGGUGGGGGAGGGCACCGUGGCCGCCGGCUACCAGGACUUCAUCAUCUGCGUGGAGAUGUUCUUUGCCUCCCUGGCGCUGCGCCACGCCUUCACCUACAGGGUCUACGCAGACAAGAGGCUCGAUGCCCAAGUGCCGGCGUACGGCCCCUACGGCCGCUGCGCACCCAUGAAGAGCAUCUCCAGCAGCCUCAAGGAGACCAUGAACCCCCACGACAUCGUGCAGGACGCCAUCCACAACUUCUCCCCGGCCUACCAGCAGUACACGCAGCAGUCCACGCUGGAGCAUGGCCCCUCCUGGAGGACCGGCGCCCACGUGCUGGCCCGCUCCCACAGCCUGGGCGGCGGCGCCCGCGACAACGAGAAGACCCUCCUGCUGAGCUCCGACGACGAGUUCUAGGGGCCGCGGGCGCGGGGCCGGGAGGGGCCGCGCUGGAGACUGGCGAGCGCGGCCUUGGGGCCUCCCCUUAAUUUAUUAAACCAGAGACACGA